GUUCGAUCCUUGAUUUGUCCAGUCCUUGAAGACGCGUAGAAACGCGUGAAACCGCGUCAACAGACUCGACCUAAUAGCAUCCGCUCCCACUGAUAGGCAGGACUCAAGUACUCAGGUCUGACAUCUGUAAUACCCCUGAUGAUAGAUUUGCACCUUCUUGCAUCUGCUGUUCUUGUCGCCACUGCUGGCACAAGUCUCGUGCUCCACCUGCUCCUCGCACCUAAAGACAGUCAGAUCAAGCUCCCCACAGCUACACCUGAUGCGCUCUCAGAAAGUCCUGCUGGAUCUCUCCGAGAUGACCCAUUUGACAUAAGUCAACCUGAAGAUACCAUAGAGGGAUACCCUAUAUAUGAGGACAAAUUUUGGGCCAAGGUGAGACUUCGAAAGCAUACGCUUUCAGCCACACUCGGUCUGGUCUUCGUUUUCCAAGAAGUGUCCUUGGGAUGGUCCAUCGUCGAACUCGACUUCGAUAUGAUCACCGUCGACGUUUUGCUAACGGCCUAUGCCAUGUACACCUACAUUUACGCUACUCGCUCCACGGUUCAUACCACCAUUGACUCCCAUGUCAACUCCUUGAUCCAUCUCUCGGUGCUUACGCUGCUACCUUUUGUUCUUCUGCUAAUUGUGUCUAUCAUCCCUUCUGGCCCACCGUUUGAAACGUCCAUGUUACUAUCCAGGGGCAAACUAGCAUAUUUCAAGUAUAUCGUGGAAUUGCUCUGGCCUAUCCUGUACUUUGUCGCUACUGUUGUGACUUGGACGACACCUUCCGGCCCGGCGUUGCAUUUCCCACCUGAAGACAUUUAUCUUGACAAGACAGCCAAGCAGCGGACCGAUCCCUCGCAGGACAACGUCUGCGGAUACGUCAACGCGUCGAGUUGGAGCCAGGUGCUCUUCUCGUACACCACCAAGGUCGUCAUGUUUGGCUAUGCCUCACAGAGUCUCGAGAUCAGCGACCUUCCCAUCCUGCCUCUCGAUAUGCGCGGAGUGUAUCUGUAUACGAAGAUGCAAAAAAUAAUGCAAAGCGUAAAGUUGCGCUGGGCAAAACCGGGAUCUGGAUGGCAACUCGGUUGGCGGAUCUUCCGCGCCAACGCUGGAUCUCUCAUCGCGCUGGCAUCGCUCUCCGCUGUCUCUGGGGUUUUGUGGUACACACCUCCGUUAUUCUUGGAGCAGCUCGUGAAGUAUCUCGAGUCGGACCCGGAGCGCAAAGACAGGAGUUGGGGAUGGGCGCUUGUCGUUGGAAUGUUCCUCUCUAAUGCUCUGACUGUUCUGGUGACGAGCCAGCUGUGGUCACUUUGCUCAUCUGUCAUUCAGUGCCGCAUUCGAUUGGAGUUGAACAGUAUAUUGUUCCAGAAGACACUCGUGCGGAAGGACGUUGCCUCCUCUGCCCCUCGUACUGGCGAAGACGGUAGCGAUGGCGCAAAGAAGGACGAGGACGAGGACUUUGCGAGCAAGGCACAGAUUAUGACGUUGAUGACGACCGACACGGAUAGAGUUAGCGACUGCUCUCGCUCCAUCUACUCUCUCGUUGAUGUGCCCAUCGAGCUUGUUAUUGGUUCGCUCUACCUCUAUAAACUACUCGGUGUAUCAUGCUUUGUCGGUCUUGCCUGCACAGUCGGGUUCUUGCCUAUCAACAGUCUCUGUGCCAAGAUAACAGUCCAUGCGCAAGAAAAACUGAUGAAGGCCCGCGACGAGCGUGUUUCUUUGAUGAAUGAGAUUUUGGGAGCCAUCCGCAUGCUCAAGUUUAUGGCAUGGGAGCGAAGCUUCGAAAAGAAAGUACUCAAGGUCCGCGAGAAAGAAUUAAAGGCUCAAAAAACCAGCUAUAUGAUUGGCGUUCUUUUUGAGGCUGUUUGGGAUGGUUCUCCAAUUGUCGUCACCCUUGUCUCUUUCUGGCACUUUGCAUUCGUUCGCCAGCAGACCCUGACUCCGUCUAUUGCUUUUACUUCUAUCCUAGUGUUCCAGGAAAUGAAGUUUGCUCUGCACACUUUGCCAGAGCUGGCACUCAGCAUCAUGCAGGCCUUUGUCUCCCUUCGUCGUAUUGAGAAAUAUCUCAAUGGCGCAGAGGUGGACGUUUCAAAUCCAGAAGACCAACCCCAACAUAUCUCACUUCAAAACGCAUCCAUCACAUGGCCUCAACAUCGCGGUGUCAGUGCCAGCGCAACUUCUACGGCGCCACCCACCCCCCGGAAUAAAUUCGUCCUACAUGACCUGUCGUUUACCCUUCCGCAAGGCGAGCUCUCGCUCAUCUGCGGUAAGCUAGGAAGCGGGAAGAGCUUGAUGUUGCUCGCACUCCUAGGAGAAGCGGAUGUUCUGACAGGACAACUCCAUUGUCCUCGCUCUUCUCCAAAUAUUCUGGCUUAUCUUGGCAAGGAUCGUGUAGUCAAGAAGGAAGAUUGGAUCGUCAAAGGUGUCGUUGCUUACGUGCCUCAGAGCGCGUGGCUUCGCAACGCUUCCAUCAAAGAUAAUAUUUUGUUUAAUCUUCCUCUGGAUGAGGAGCGUUAUCAAAAGACGCUUGAGGCUUGUGCUCUGUUGAGUGAUCUCCGGAUCCUGGAAGACGGAGAUGAGUCCGAAAUUGGCGAGAAAGGGGUUAACCUCUCCGGAGGCCAAAAAGCUCGAGUUUCACUGGCCCGAGCGGUCUACUCUCGUGCAUCCGUAAUUUUGUUGGACGACGUGCUUUCUGCAGUUGACGCGCAUACCGCCCACCACCUAUAUCACGAAUGUAUCAAGGGAGAAUUGAUGCAUGGCAGAACAAUCGUCCUCGUGUCGCACCACGUUCAACUCGCCUCGUCCGGAGCUGGCUACGUCGUAGCACUUGACAAUGGACGCGUCAUCUUCCAAGGCGAUCGGGACGCAUUCCAAGCCUCGCCAGUCAUGGACAGUUUGGCACAUUCAGUGGCUAUCAACGAAGACAAAGUAACGGAGGAAAAAGAGGGGCUGACUAUCGAAGAUCUUGAGGACGAACCUGAAACCUCGACUACCGGCAAGGGCUCCGAAGGCACUCCAACAGUUGCGGCAGGCGAAGGUGCCAAAGUGGAACAUAAAGCUCCUCGCAAACUUAUUGAAGAAGAAAAGCGCGUGGUCGGGCGCAUUGGUCGAGACAUAUGGAAACUCUACGUCACUGCCUGUGGUGGUUCGAUAUACUGGACCAUCUUCACGUUGUCCAUGCUUGCAGGGGCUGUGAGCCCUGUCGUUGAGAACUGGUGGCUGAAGACAUGGUCAGGCGCAAGUGCCGAGGAUACCGCCAGCAAUGGAGUGGGUUACUACAUGAGGAUAUAUGCAUUGGUUACACUUGUUGGCCUAUGCUUCACGACUUUCCGUUAUUUUAUUGUCUAUAGCGGCUCUAUUACAGCGUCCACGAAGCUGUUCAAACGGAUGCUGGAAUCCGUCUUGUUCGCCGACAUUCGCUUCCAUGACACGGUAUCUCGAGGUCGCCUGCUGAACCGAUUUGGAAAAGACUUCGAAGUAAUUGACAGUCAGCUUGCUGAUAACUUCGGCCGCUUUGUAUGGUACGGCUUGGCUGUGGCGGCAAUUGUUGUUACUGUCACCUAUAUCGGGGGCUGGGUGUUUGUCCCUGUAGCAUGCGUGCUCGGGUGGAUGUAUUAUCAAGUUGCUAAGGUUUAUGGCCAAACCUCACGCGACAUGCGUAGACUAGACUCGGUCGCACGCUCACCUCUCUACUCCAUCUACGGAGAAACAAUCGCUGGAGUCACCGUAAUCCGCGCGUUUGGUGCUUCGUCAAAGUUCCUGAGAGACAUGAUCCGAUGCGCCGAUACAAACGCUAACCCGUUCUACUGGCUGUGGAGUGUUAACCGCUGGGUUUCGACUCGCUUCAACCUGCUGUCUAGUGCAUUGGUUUGCCUGACUGGCUUGGUUGCUGUUAUAUCGCCAAAUAUCUCAGCGGCGUUGGCUGGAUUCGCACUUGCUUUCGCGACUAGCAUCACGGGCAAUAUCCUUUACUUGGUGCGGAGGUUUGUUGGUGUAGAGCAGUCAAUGGUUGCGUUGGAAAGAGUCAAAGAGUUCUCAGAACUGAAGGCCGAAGCCCCCGAAUUCAUUGAACCUCGCCCGCCCGCUUCUUGGCCUGCACAAGGAUCUGUUGUCUGCGAAGAUCUCGUCAUUCGCUAUGCCCCUGACCUGCCAGACGUCUUGCAUCACCUCAGCUUCGAAAUCCGUCCGGGAGAAAAGGUUGGUAUCCUGGGACGUACAGGCUCUGGCAAGAGUACUUUGGCCCUGUCAUUCUUCCGUUUCGUCGAAGCCACCGAAGGUCGUAUUCUCGUGGAUGGCAUUGAUAUCUCCAAGAUUGGUCUGAGUGACCUGCGGAGUGCACUCACAAUCAUUCCUCAGGAUCCUGUGAUUCUGAGCGGCACAUUACGCUCAACUCUCGAUGUUUUCGGCGAAUAUGAAGACGCAGAUAUAUUUGAGGCUCUGAAACGCGUUCAUCUCAUUCCUUCGGACGAACGCGUGGUUGCUGAGGUAGCGGAAUCCGAGGCUGCAAACGAGAAUGUUUUCCGUAACCUCGACUCCCCUGUCUCGGAGGGUGGCGAGAACUUCUCGGCCGGAGAGAAGCAGUUAUUGUGUAUGGCGCGAGCAAUCCUGAAGCGCUCGAAGGUGCUAGUUAUGGACGAGGCAACUGCGAGCGUGGACUACGCCACCGACGAGCUUAUCAGCAAGACGAUCAGACAGGAAUUCGCUUCCAGCACGAUCAUGACGAUUGCGCACCGUCUCCGCACGGUCAUCGAUUACGAUAGGGUCAUGGUUCUCGACGAAGGUCGUAUCGUGGAGUUUGACAAGCCUUCUUUGCUGCUAAGAGAGCAUUCGUCCAAGUUCUAUUCGCUGUGCAAGGCAACUGGGAAGAAAGAGUUUGGGGCGUUGAAGAAAAUGGCUGGUCUCUAGAUCCAGACCUUUUCUUGAUAGCUUGUAAUCUCGUAAAGAGUGUUGCACUUUAGUUCGGUAUAUGUAAACUACGACUCCUCUGUCAUGUGAACCCAGUACUAGUGGUAGAGCUUAAGCUUCAGAAUGAAACUUCGUUCGACAAGCC